AGGACUAUUUAUCUCAACAUAUAAUGGUUUGCAAAAUAGGAUUGUUCAAACUUUGGUGACAGGACAUCAAAGCCUGGUGAACAUCAGAAACCAAGAGAAAGGCAGGAUGAGCACUUCAGGAAAAGUAAUUAAAUGCAAAGCUGCUGUACUAUGGGGCCUGAAGCAACCCUUUUCCAUUGAGGAAGUGGAAGUUGCUCCACCAAAAGCCUAUGAAGUUCGAGUUAAGAUUUUGGCUACAGGCAUAUGUCGCACAGAUAACAAUGCAAUCAUAGGAGGCUUCCAUGCUAAGUUUCCAGUCAUUGUGGGACACGAAGCAGUUGGAAUUGUAGAAAGUAUUGGAGAAGAAGUAACUACAGUGAAACCAGGAGAUAAGAUCAUCCCACUUUGUGUCCCACAGUGUGGAUUUUGCUCUGCAUGCAUAAACCCCAAUUCCAAUUUCUGUGAAAAGCUUGAUAUUGAAGGUAAAGGAGUAUUAUCUGAUGGCACUAGUAGAUUUAUCUGCAAAGGAAAGCCUGUACACCACUUCCUGAGUACCAGUACAUUCACGGAGUACACAGUGGUGGAAGAAAGUUCAGUUGCAAAAAUUGAUGCUGCUGCUCCUCCUGAGAAGGUCUGUUUGUUUGGCUGUGCAUUUUCCACUGGAUAUGGGGCUGCAAUCAACACUGCCAAGGUCACCCCUGGAUCUACUUGUGCUGUCUUUGGCCUGGGAGGAGUAGGCCUGUCAAUUAUUAUAGGCUGUAAAGCAGCUGGGGCUUCUCGGAUCAUUGGAAUUGACAUCAACCCACUUAAAUUUGAGAAAGCCAAGGCUGUAGGAGCCACUGAAUGCAUCAACCCUAAGGAUUACACAAAGCCCAUCAGUGAAGUGCUAAAGGAAAUGACUGACAAUUCUGUGAAAUAUACCUUUGAAGCCAUUGGACACAUUGAUACCAUAAUUGAUGCUCUGGCUUCUUGCCAUAAGAACUAUGGGACCAGUGUGCUAGUAGGCGACCCUCCAUCAUCUGCAAUGCUCACCUACGACCCCAAUAUACUGUUCACUGGACGCACCUGGAAAGGAUGUAUUUUUGGUGGUUGGAAAACCAGAAAUGAUCUCCCAAAACUCGUAUCUGAUUUUAUGGCAAAGAAAUUUGACUUGGACCCAAUAAUAACCCAUGUUUUACCUUUUAAUAAAAUCAAAGAUGGAUUUGAUCUACUCAACAAAGGAGAAAGCAUUCGAACAAUCCUGACUUUUUGAACUCUGAAGUUAUAGGAGGUAGCUAUGAAUCCAUCAACAAUUUCUCUUAUAUUUUACUUACAUAUAAUAACCAAAGAGAACAUAUCACUCAUGGGGGUAAAACAAAAGAUAGAAAUUAAGUAUUUUAGAACAAAUAAACAGUUUUUUAAAUUAGUGAUUAAUAUUGUUGGGAUUUAAUUUAUCUGGAAUAGUAGUUGGAUGCUACUAGUAAUAAUAGGAUUGUUGAUGCUUAACCUGAAAUAAUUUAUAUUGGACUAGAGAAUAUAAGGUAAAGAUAUAACCACUUCUUACUUUUUACUGAAGGGGAAAUUAUAAGGGAAAAGAGAAUACCCAUGCAUCAAAUUAAUAAAGAGUUUAAAGGAUUCUAUCUAAUUAAAAUGAGUUGGGCAAGUCAUAUGGGAUAAUGUUAUUGUAAUACUUUAAACCAAAUAUUAUCUUUUAUAUGAAGUAUUGACAAUGAAACUCUUGAAAGGCUUCUCAAAUAAUAUAUAUAUAUAUAAACAUACAAAUAUGUUCUAUAUCUUUAUAUGUAUUAAUAAAUAUCUUAAAUAUACUAAACAAAAAAUCUA